CUGACCACAAUAAAGCUCCUAGCAGGAGCAUCCCUGAAGAGAAACGUUCAUCGCAGCUUCCUCUGACCACGCUCGCCUGUAAAGAUUUCCUGACCGUCACAGUAUGGACAAUCUUUUCACCUCUUCCUUCCCUGUUAAAUGCCAGAACUCUAGAGACUGUAAUCUCACUACUGCCUGUCCUGAUAACCAAACUGGAAACUCCACAUCUCCAGCUCUGGUUAACCCUCCAGCAUUUGGGAUGUCCUACUUCACCAUGACCCUCGGCGCACUCUCUAAUCUAACCGCGCUUGCAAUCCUAGCCCAUUCCUACGCCCGCUUCCGCAGACGAGCCAAAGCUCCUUUUCUACUGCUGGCUUCAGCCCUGCUUCUAAGCGACCUGGCCGGUCAUGUGAUCACAGGGGCUUUGGCACUUCAUCUCCAUCUUGGGAGGGUGAAGCAUUACAGGGCGGCAUUAAUAAUGGAGCCUCCACAGGUUUACUGCAAAUUAUUUGGCAGUUGCAUGGUGUUUUUUGGCCUUUGCCCUCUGCUGCUAGGCAGUGCGAUGGCAGUGGAGCGCUGCAUAGGCAUAACACGACCUCUCCUGCACCCGGCGGUCGUCACCAUGACACGCAUCCGCCUCACCGUGCUGCUGAUCAUCUUGACGGCUCUCAUUUUGGCAGGACUCCCUCUGCUUAACGUGGGCAGCUACCAACCACAGUUCCCUGGCACCUGGUGUUUCUUACCUGUUAACAAUCUGAUCUCCAUUGCUGAUGCCAGCCUCUCCCUGGCUUUUUCCACACUGGGGCUUGUAACGUUGACCGUCUCAGUUGUGUCUAAUACUAUAAGUGGGCUGAAGUUGCUCCAGGCAAGGUUUAAGGACCGAUGUGUUAAGUCAAGCGCGGCGAGGAGACAUGGAUCUUUCUCAUCUUCGUCUCUGCACUCCCUGGAUGUGGAGAUGAUGACGCAGCUGGCUGCCAUUACAGUGGUCUCCUGUGUCUGUUGGAGUCCUUUUCUUAUUUACAUCCUCAUGUCCGUUAGCAGGUUUUAUGAAGGAACCAGAGGGCCGAGGCAUCAGUGUGAGAAGCUGCUUCUCUUGGCUCUGCGUUUGGCGAGCUGGAACCAGAUUCUGGACCCGUGGGUUUACAUCCUCCUGCGGAGAGCGGUUCUGCGCAGACUCCUUCAGCUGCUGCAGCCGGACAGAGUCCUGUUCACACAGAGCAGCUCCUACAGAGACUCGCACAGAAAGCAGAUCAGCUUACACUGAUUACAGACUUGUUUACACUUGUUUACGUGUGGUCACUCAUCAAAAAUACUGUGGGAAAAUUAUUAUUUAAGGAAGAGAAGAAAUCUUAGAAAAUGAAAUGAAAUGUAAGAAAAGGUCCCUUAAGUGUACUUUGAGAGAGAACAC